AUGGGUAGUGAAUUAAAUUUAGAAACGACUAAAUCCAGUUGGACCGGUGGUUGGUUCAGCUGGACGCGUCAGUCAGAUGAGAUGUUGAGGAAUGUUGAGAAGAAAAUAUUGUCAUGUGUGAAAACAGCAUACAAACGUUUUUACGUAGAUAUCGGUUCAGUGGUGGGACAGAGUGAUAAGAUUUGGACAAUUUCAUUAAAAGAGGAGUCACCACGAGUGCCCCUUGUACUGCUUCAUGGCAUGGGAGCAGGGUUAGCGUUAUGGUGUCUUAACCUCGAUGCAUUGGCGGCGAAGCGACCGGUUUACGCUAUGGAUUUAUUGGGUUUCGGUCGCAGUUCUCGACCUAAUUUUGCGUCGGACGCAACUAAAGUAGAGGCACAAUGGGUCGAGUCGGUGGAGGAGUGGCGGCGAGAAGUUAACCUCGAUCAGAUGAUUUUGUUGGGACAUAGUUUAGGUGGCUACAUUGCUGCCGCCUACGCUCUCAAAUACCCCGAAAGGGUGCGGCACCUGGUGCUGGCGGACCCGUGGGGCUUCCCGGAGCGUCCGGCGCAGUCGUUGCAGGACAAGCAGCCACUGCCGCUGUGGGUGCGCGCGCUGGCGACGGCCAUGCAGCCGCUCAACCCGCUGUGGGCAGUGCGCGCCGCCGGCCCGGCCGGCCGCUGGCUGGUGCGCCGCACGCGCCCCGACCUCGCGCUCAAGUUCGCGCCGCGCCUGCCGCACGCCGAACAACUCAUCCCCGACUACAUCUACCAGUGCAAUGCGCAGACGCCCAGUGGUGAGAGUGCAUUCCAUGCAUUGAUGAUUGGUUUCGGCUGGGCCAAGAACCCUAUGGUACACCGUGUGGGUCAGUUAGACCCGAAGCUUCCAAUCACCGUCAUGUAUGGCUCACGGUCUUGGGUGGACAACACGACUGGCGAGUUGCUCUGCCAGAAUAGACCUAAUUCCAAGACAUACGUCCAGGUGCUUAACGGAGCCGGUCACCACGUGUAUUUAGACAAACCGGAUUUAUUUAAUAAAUAUGUCAUAGAGGCGUGCGAUCGAGCUGACGCAACCGAUUCACGUACGGAGAAGCAAGUUGCAGACGAAAGCAAUUGUAAUGGAGAGAUAAACUCAACGCCCUCUUCUUGA